GCUUAUGCUCAUCAAUGAUGUCAACAGAAGUAUAUUGAAUUGUGCGAUUGGUUGUUUAUCGAACAAUGUUGUGCGCAAUCAAAUGGUUUCGUUUAGUACAAUGUUGCAAACUGAACCGCACAUCAUAGUCUACUCCGCCGGUGAGAAGUAUGAACCAAAACCGAUUUAUGUAAUUUUUACACCCUUGGACUUGAACGUUUGGAUAUGUUGCUUUGGCACUUUAAUUCUGGUUAGUGCAUGCGUGAAAUUGCUGACCGUUUAUGAAAAAGACGUUUUAGUAAAUCCUGUACUGUUACCUCUCAGCAUUCUCUUGGAACAGUCUAUCGCCAUACCUCCAAAAAGUAAUGCGCUUCGUUUUGGUCUUGUGACAUGGCUACUUGUUGGUUUUGCUUUGUCUAGCUCAUACAAGUCCAAGUUAACAUCCGCGCUAAUAAUGCCCGCAUCCAGAGAACCAAAUUUUCUCUCAGAAUUAAUUGACGAGGGAUAUCACUUUAUUUCCCCUGCUCAAGAUUCCACGUAUAUAAUUGAGCUUCUCCAAAUGUCUGAUGAUCCACCAGAAGCACACGUGGGGAUGGAAUUGGAAGACACCAAGGAUGUAUGUGAGGCAGUUGCACGAGCCCUCACAGAACAGUCUGCUGUUGUCGAGGAGCAAACGGUGCUUAGAUACAAGGUGUGGAACUAUUGUUACCUAAAUCUAACUAUGAAACAAAUGCAUGCAUUGCGGCGAUUGGAACACCCCAUUACAACAAAUGGUCAUAUGUGGGCAAUGCCAAAAGGAGCACCGUUCAAAUAUCGCAUUUCCAGCAUGCUGGAGGAACUGAAAAGUUUUGGACUUGUCCAAAAAUGGUAUCAAUCUUAUAAUAUAACCAGGCGCAUGGCAAUAUCCAAUUCAGUGCAGCAACGGGGAGAUACCGAGCCAUUAGAACCUCAUGAUCUUCUCGCGGCGUACGUGGUGUUGGGUGUUGGUUGUGUUUUGGCGGCACUUACAUUUUUCCUAGAAUGGUUUAUAUAUAAUGACGAGCCACCCUUUCAUCACGCCAAACAAACACAUCAGGUGGUCAGCUUUACAUAAUUUAUUCAUUCAUAUUUUAUAAUUAUUAGUUUACCCCCACUGGAAUUUAAUCGUUGUGUGUGUCGAAUUAUAGUAAUAGUUCUAUUUCUGCCUUAGAAUGGGUUCCACCCACAUUAUUCGUGU